UAUUUCUCAACAUGUCUUCCAGUAUUGGAGCUAAUUGUACUGAACUUAAACAAAAGUACGAUAAUUGCUUUAACAAGUGGUAUUCUGAAAAGUUUCUGAAGGGAGAUACUACACCUGAAUGUGAAGAUCUUUUUAAAGACUAUAGAGCAUGCGUUAUGUCCACAUUAAAAGAAAAGGGAAUUGAUAAAUUACUGGAUGAUUCUCGUAAAGAAGCACCUUUUCCUUCAACAGAACAAAAACAAGAACCAUCUUCUGAAAAGAGUUCAUAGACAUACAAUAAAGACUUUUUUUUUUUUUUUUAUAAAGACUGAG